AUGUCCGCCAUAGCUAUUAGUCCAUCAUUUUUCAUCCUAUCUAUCUAUCUAUCUAUCUAUCUAUCUAUCUAUCUAUCUAUCUAUCUAUCUAUCAAGGAACGUGCCAUCAAGGUGCUCAACUCUUCAUUGUACCUUUUCAACAACAGAGUUAUCUAUCUAUCUAUCUAUCUAUCUAUCUAUCUAUCUAUCUAUCUAUCUAUCUAUCUAUCUAUCAAGGAACGUGCCAUCAAGCUGGUCAACUCUUCAUUGUACCUUUUCAACAACAGAUUCCACCUUAAAUGUCCAGCUGAUAUCGUUUACGACGUUACCCAGUGUGUCGGCUCCCACUUUUUCCUCUUCUUCGUUUACAUUUCAUAUCACCUCCCCACACUUGACAUCGAGUACUUUUACUUACAUCUGCCUUGCAAUGAUGCCAUACCUAGGCGUGUCGGUGGGGUCGCUUUCUGUCUGUCUGUCUGUCUGUCUUUAGCUGUUUAA